ACUCGCUGGGGGUGAUUGAUAUUUACAGCCUGAAACGCAGGCGAGGUUCCAGGUCUCGCGGACCGCUUGAGACGAGCAGGAUACCCCACACAGCUGCACACGUCUCGUGACUGAAAGUGGAACAAUGGCUACUUCCAAGAAAGUUUGCAUUGUUGGCUCUGGAAACUGGGGCUCAGCCAUUGCCAAAAUUGUGGGAUCCAAUGCUGCAACGAAUGCCAGAUUUGACAAAGUCGUCAAUAUGUGGGUUUUCGAGGAGAUGGUGGAUGGACGCAAGCUCACAGAGAUCAUCAACACUGAUCACGAGAAUGUGAAAUACCUGCCUGGGCGGAAACUUCCAGAGAAUGUGUUGGCAGUGCCAGACCUGGUGGAGGCUGCGAAGGACGCGGAUAUCUUGAUCUUUGUGAUUCCGCAUCAGUUCAUUGGCAGAGCGUGUGAAACCAUGAAGGGGAAAAUCAAAAAGGAUGCUCUCGGACUCUCGCUCAUAAAGGGUGUGGAUGAGGGUCCCGAUGGCCUGAAGCUGAUCUCUGAUGUCAUCCAGGAGAAGCUGGGCAUCACUGUCAGUGUUCUCAUGGGUGCCAACAUCGCCAACGAGGUAGCGGACGAGAAGUUCUGCGAGACAACCAUUGGUUGUAAGAGCAAGGAUGAUGGCUCUUUACUGAAAGACCUCAUGCAGACCAAGAACUUCCGGAUCACAGUGGUGGAGGAGUCAGAUGUGGUGGAAAUCUGUGGAGCGCUGAAGAAUAUUGUGGCUGUGGGCGCGGGCUUCUGUGACGGUCUGGGUUUUGGUGACAACACCAAGGCGGCGGUGAUCCGCCUGGGCCUGAUGGAGAUGAUUGCCUUCACGCGUAUCUUCUGCACCGCGGGACCCGUCUCCCCGGCAACCUUCCUGGAGAGCUGCGGCGUGGCCGACCUCAUCACCACCUGCUACGGCGGACGCAACCGCAAGGUCGCAGAGGCCUUCGCCAAAACCGGCAAGUCUAUAGAGGAGCUGGAGAAGGAGAUGCUGAAUGGCCAGAAGCUGCAGGGGCCGGCCACCGCUGCAGAGGUCCACCAGAUCCUCAAACUCAAAGGCCUGCAGGACAAGUUCCCUCUCUUCAACGCCGUCUAUGAGAUAUGUUACCAGGGCCGCAAAGUCACAGAAUUCAUUGACUGUCUACAAAACCACCCAGAGCACAUGUGAGCCAGUGAAUGACCUCAGCUGUGUACAGUAUGUGUGGCUGUUGACUGAAGCUGUGUGUAUUUGACAAUCGUGUCACGGCAAACCAAAGUACAGGUGCAAAUCCAUCCGAAUGGGUUGUGUGUGCGCGCGUGUGUGUCUGACGCAGCUGUUACAGUAUGUUCCUUAAAAAGUGUGUUUACACCUGUGUGUUUCUGAGAGAAUGAGAGACUUCAUAAUCCAGGUACCCCCAUCACUUGUUGCCUUGAGAUCACUGACCAGCUGUUUAACGCACAAAUAUUGCCUGCCAGUGCUGGUGUGGUCUUAUCUCCCUUGCCUGCCUAAGACAAGCACUAUUAAGCCAGAAUCACGAGAUGAUGUCGGCCUAUCACAACCACUGUGCCUUUUGGCCUUAAAUAUGACCUUCCGUCCUGGUGCCAUUUAAAAAAACAAACAAAAAAACAAUGUCUUUAAUUUUAAUGACUGUGAUAUAAAUGUACUGUAUGAGGCCAAUAAAAAUAUAUAUAAUAAAA